AUGGAGUCAUGGCUUUCCGUGAUGAAGGCGUUGUUCGAGGAUAUCUACACCCUCGAGAAGGAUAAGGUUCGUCUGGCGGCUCACUGUUUAGAGGGGUCGGCUCGAUCAUGGUGGACGCGAGUGAAUAAUGGUCGGUCUUUGGAUCCGGCUACUAUGUCUUGGGAGGCGUUCCGGGAGAUCCUGUUAAUGGAGUACUUCCCAGAAAGCGACAAGCGGAAGAUCAAGGAGGACUUUCGCAAGUUAAGGCAAAGAAAUCGAACGGUGCGGGAGUACGAAAGGGAGUUCUCGCACAUGGUUGAUUGCGUUCCGGGCUUGGUUCAUGGAGACCGGGACCGAGCGGAGGUCUUCGAGUGCGGGCUGCGGCCGAAAAUAUUCAAGACUAUUCAUGCACUCCGGUUGAAGACUUACGAGAAGGUGCUCGAUCGCGCAUUAUGGGUAGAGCGCGGCAACGCCAUUGCGCGCGAGGAACGCGAGGCGUUUGAAAGGGACAAAGACAAGGAGAAGUCCAAGAAAUGA